GCAUCAUCACACACACAAAAAGGCUUUUUAAAGGCUCAGCCUGCUGCAGCUGGCACUUUGUUCAUUUUUGAUCCCAGUGUGAGCGUGGAUACAGGACAACAUUAUGGAUCAGAUAACAUUCGAUAAAGAAAAUGAUGAGCGUAUCAAAGCAGUGGAGAAUUCAUUCGGUGCAUCAGGGAGGUCCUUGUCCAAAUCAGGUCGGAUUCUGAUGGGACAGGGCCGUCUGAUGAAGCAGGGUCGUCGGAAACCCCAGCCUAAGGAUUUCUUCCUCUUCAACGAUGUUCUUGUGUACGGCAGCGUCAUUCUGAACGGCCGCUUUCACAAAAACCAGAAGAUAAUCCCUCUAGAGGACAUUGAGCUGGAGGACAUGGAGGACAGUCUGGAUGUGAGGAACCAAUGGCUGAUCCGUACGCCGCGCAAGUCGUUUUUUGUGUCCGCGCCUUCACACGAGGAGAAGCAGGCCUGGAUUGAGCACAUCAAAGAGUGCCGGUCAGGCCUGCUGCAGGACGGCAGCUGCCAACGUGGUUCCAGCUUUGCUGUUACCUGGAUCCCAGACCGGGCCUCCUUCAGAUGCAUGCGCUGCUUCAACAAGUUCACAACAACCAAACGUCGACACCAUUGCAGAAAAUGUGGCUUUCUGGUGUGCAAUUCAUGCUCCAAACAGCGAGCAGUGAUUAACCACAUUCAUCCCACUAAGAGACUGAGGGUCUGCAGUCGCUGCCACACUCAGAACAAAGAAGAAGAUGAGAUAUCUCGACUGAGGGGGGACAGUGCUGGAAUGAAUAGCUUAGAGGGGGAAGAUGUGGCAGCAUCCAGUGAUGAAGACGAGGGAGUGGGAAUGAUUCAAUGCUACGCUCAGAGCAGCUGGAUGGACACUUGGAGCAGCCAUUAACCACAUUAACACACUUAAUGUUAACUCAAAACCAGUGAAUCAACAGCCUUAGUGAAAUAAAACAGCAGCAUUAAGACUCAAACAAAGACACAGUUGGACACAAUAGAAGCAUGUUGGAAAUCGAGUGAAAAAAUCUUUGCUGUCAUUGCUGAGCUUUUAUUCUGUACUUGUUUGCUGUGAAGUAGUUUACAUUUUGCUUUCAAAUGAUCAAUGACAUUUUUAUCCUGAUUGUUCUGUAGUAACUGUGUGUUACGACUGAGCAGCCCAUGUUAAUAUACUCUACUUCUUAUGAGCGAAAGUCCAAAAUUGUGAAAAACUGCCUAAUUGAAUAAUUCAGUUAUGACAUACUGUAGUUCACAUUGAUUCAGUUGAAUCAAUUAAUUUUGAUUCGAUCCUAUAGGCUGAUAUAAACAUUUCACAUGACACAACAUUUUCCAAGAGGCUUAAUGGGCUUUCAUAAACACUUGGUAAAAACUGGAACAAACCCAAAUGCUUUCUCAUCAUGGGUGAGUCAUUUGUUGGAGUGUCAAACCUGUUUGUCGCUUUUCAUACAAGGGACAACAACAACAAGGAAAUGUGGCAUAUUUUCCUGUAAGAGAACUUUGAAUAAAGAGUGCAUUUAUGGUU